UCUCUGAUUCCAACUGCGUCUCCUCGCCACACCGCCUCCACCCUCCAACCUCACCAGAGCUUGUCUCGAGUCACAGACAAGCCUCCACGCUCCUUCCGCACCCCUGCCGCUCCCUUGUACAGCUAUCUAGGCGACCGCUCAGCAUACGCAUCACUUCGUAUCUUCGUCACCUCGCAGGCGUAACCCCGUCCGUUUCUUCUUUCCAACUCGCAGAAGCUUGAAGCUCGAUCGCACAAUGAACACCAUCGUCUUCUCUGUGCUGCUCUUGCAGAGCGUUUUCGCCUUGUUGGUGCAGGCUACCAUCUUUAUCACGCAACCGCUCCCUGGGUCAGUCUGCAGUGGCGGGAAGGCUUGCACUGUAGAAUGGCUCGACAACGGCGUCGCGCCGCUGCUCGUCAACAUUGGUGCAUGCCAUGUCGGUUUGUACUAUGGGCAAGAGAAACUCAUCCAGCAGAUCAGCCCCGUCGACGUAUCAGCGCAGCACGCGCUCGAGUUCACUCCAGAUCCCAAAGCGGGUCCUAACUCGAGCCUCUACUACAUCAACUUCACGUCUGUCGACCCCAUAGACGGCUCGACGUACAGCCAGUUCUCGACGAUGUUCACCCUCGACUCCAUGAAGGGCUCCUUGAGCUCCGCCGUCGCCAGCGACACCUCUGCGAUCCCCGUGCCUUCAUCAUUAACCACCUCCAGCUCCUCAAGUUCCGCUUCGUUGACGGCAUCGACUGAGAGCGUCACCUCGUCCCCAGCAAGUUCGUCUGGCAGCGCGGCCCCGUCUUCCGCGUCUGCAUCUGCGUCUGCGUCCUCAUCAGCACCCUCAGUCCCUCCAUCAGCGAGCGGUUCCGCUGGUAGUAGCUCAAGCUCGAACGCAGGUUCGAACUUCAGCCCUAGCUCAAGUUCCGCCACAAGCGCCACCUCCACCCCAAUCUCGAGCACGCCCUCGUCCGCCUCCGCCGCCCCGCCCAGCAGCGCCUCGAGCACGUCCUCCGGCUUCGUCACCUCGUUCACGGGCCCCGUGACGACGCUGACCGUCCCGGCGCCCUCUUCGCUCUCCACGACCGUCGUCAGCUCCGUGUCCACCGCGCCCGCCGCGCCGACCGGCACCGACGCGGACGGGCCCCUCAACAAUCAGUCCUCCUCGGCCGCUGCGGCCGCUAUGCCACUCUUCCUAUCGUCCUCUUGUCUCGUCGUCGUUCUUGCUUUCGUGUCGUAGUGUGUUUUGCGCGUGUUCUUGUUCCUGAGUGCAGCCGUGUGUGUUUACCCCGUUAUGCAGACAGCCCCCUCCGCGCUCUAGCGUCUCCUCUCUGAUAUCCCCGACAGUUGUCCUUCGGCCGCCCUGCGACCCCCACACCCCGCCGUCCUCUGACCACCCUUCGCUCCCUUCGGUCGUCACCCGAGUGGCUUUAAUCGAGCUUGCCGUCGCGUUUUUCACGGUCGUGCGGGCCGAGGCGGCACACUCGUACUUUCUUUCGAUAUCACUGGUACUCCGUCCUGAUUUCGGAUCGAGCGAUAGACUGUCGUAGCGCUACCUCCUGUAUCUUUAUUGCUCCUGCUCGCGACAUCCC